GCCGGCUCGGUACAUGAUACAUGUCAUUGUGUGAUAUCGAUCGUUCGUGAUCGUUGUUGCUUAACUCCUAACAGUAACAGUAACUAAAAUUUAGUGUGAUCAAAAACGUCAUUGGACGAUGUUGCUGACAUGAACCAUCAGUAGCCGAUCACUGGAUGUUGACAUGUACAUGGGCAUGGAUUAUCAGUUUAAUCGGUUAUCGUUAUCUUUCUGAGUUGACAUUUGUCAUGAUUGUGUAAUAUUAACUUUCACCACCAUCAGUCACUCCGUUGUCUGGUUGUUAUAUUCAUGGUUAUCGUUGUGCAGUGUGCACAUAACGUGUAGGCUUAGGCGAGAUAUCUGCGUGCACUGCAUUCAGCGCAGGUCAGAAAUCGUCAGAAAACUGCACGACCAGCUCUGGUGUGCUGCACUGCACUGCAUAUCAUGAUCAUAGAAUUUCACAGCACAUUGUGAUUGUAUUGAAUACUGCUUUUCAACAUGGGACAGAAAGGACGGCAGUUUCGUCUGCUUCUCUGGAAGAACUUUAUUUUGCAGAUCCGACGUCCCAUUGGAACCACAUUCGAAUUGCUGCUGCCAUUUUUUGCCACAGCACUGCUUCUGCUCGCAAGAGUUCUCAUCAGAUCAGAAGACCUCUGUUUCACAACCUUUGAGCCAGGCUUCUCGGAGCAAGAGAGUCUGUCUGCGUCGGACAUUGAGCGGCUUCAGACAUGCGUCACCAAUGGCACAGGAUGCCCCCAGUUGGCUUAUUACCCAAACAACAACCUCACCUCUGCCCUAAUGCUUGGCGUAGCCCUGCAAGUGACAAUCCCUCUGUCUCCUAGUAACUUCUCGUCAGAGGAGGAGUUGGUGAAAACAGCAGCUGAAGACCUGGACAGUUACUAUGGAGUGAUAGUAUUUGACAUUGGCAAUGACACCACAACACACUCCCUAAGGAUGUCACCUAUAAGAUCCGUCUGCCUCAUGACAUAG